UGCAGGGAUAAUGUUCCGUGGCAGCGAAAGCGAGGCUCCAGGCAAUGUUCCAGGGCGCAGGGCGAACUUGGCCAUCAAGUAAUCCUGAUUGUCCCAUCUCCUUCAUUUUUAUUUUGGGUUGCCUCUGUUGGUUCACUUCUAAGGGGUGGCCUCCACAGUUCCCACGAUGGCAGAUGAACCCGAUUCGAAAGAGGCCACCGACCUUGUGACAGAGUACCUCGAGAAGAAGGCGCCAGAGAUGCACGAAGCAUUCGGUGUGGGGUCGAGCUUCAACAAAGCGAAGUCACAGUAUGAGGCAAAGGAAGAGAAUCUUGAAUUCCUAGAAACUCUCCAACAGUACGAAACGCAGGCAGACGAGCCACUCGACUUCGACCCCACCCAUUGUUCUUGGGAGAAAGUAAUUGACGAGCUGAACAAGGCGCAAGACGCCGCUGCUGAGAGCGAGAGGCGAGGGCAAAGAUUCUUCACCAAGGGCAGGAGAAAGCUAGCCCGGGUUGCGCCACUGAUUACCCCAGGACUCCAAGCGCUGUCGGAUGAGUUGAGCAUUCUUCAUGGAGGGCUAGCUGUGGUCUUCAACCUUGCCCACCAUCGUGAGAGAAACAGAAAGCAUAUCCUUGACGCUUUUGAAGAUAUCCCAGAGAUCAUUCAGAUGGCCCGGAACAAGUCUCGGAACUUUCCAGACGAUACCAAUCUCCGCGAGGCUAUUUACAACUUGAGAAAGACCCUCUUGGCUACAAUCCCAUGCCUUGUUGAGCUGUUGAAGCCCGGGACAUUCCUGGCCAAGGCUAGAAGUCCCUUUCGAGGGUCAGACAUUGAAAGCUUGCUGGAGGUAGUUCAGAGAAGCGCCAACCAAGUCCAGGCGUGUGCCGAGGACCUUCGCGAUGUUGUCAUUAUCAAAACCCACCACAACACGGAAACCAUCGGAAAGACGACAACUCGAAUCGAAGAAAAGCUAUUAUCCGUCGGCCAAGACAUGGGUCAUCAUUUCGGAGGGGUCGACUCCCGCAUGCUCGAGUUGAGGCACGAGCAACAGUUCAUGGUCCAGCAAGUCACCGACGCUCUGUCCAGCCAGAACGGGAUGUUCCAAAUGUUGAAGGAUGCUGUGUUGAAGCUCUUAUACGAGCAAGAGUUCAACCUUGCGACAAGCCGUCCACGGACGCCAUCAUAUCGGGAGAAUCCUGCCGAACAGCUCGCAAGUCUCCUCGACAAACUCCACGUUCCAGACAAGCAAGACAUCCAUGACUUGACGACCAUCCUCCAGCGAAGCCGUGCCUCCGAGUCGGCUGCUGCCACGUCUCAAGCAGGGGCCAUUCUCAAGAGUGAACAAUUCCAAAGAUGGAUGGGCUCCCGGGGAUCAGACCUCUUGCUCAUCGAGGGCCAUCUGGACGACUCUAGAUUCGGCAAAACCUCGCCCAUGUCGUUCUUCAGCGCGAACCUCGUCCAAGUCUUCCGAGGGAUCUCGCCAAUGGUGGCGCUGCAUUUCUUUUGCGGCCAGCAUGUUGCCAGCAACGAUGACCUCGCCGGCCCCAGGGGGCUUAUCAGGAGCCUGCUGGCACAAUUGGCCCGGACAGUUCUGCGGAACGGGCCAAACGAUCCAUCAAGCUCUGUCAACAGUGCGAAUCUCGACAGUAAUAACCACUUGGCGACGCCGACCGAGGACUUUUGCCAAGUUUUCCGACAGCUCCUGAGGCAGGUCCCAUCCCAUGUCGUCGUCUUUUGCGUCAUCGAUGACAUAUCUCGGUUCGAGAGAGAUGGUUGGUUAGACGACUAUGUGGCCUUGAUGACUAUGCUGUUCAGCCUGGCCUCGGAUCAGAGAAUGAGACUUAAGGUCCUGAUGACGAGUCCAAAAAAAAGUAGGUGGCUUCAAGGCAAGCUGGCCCCGAGUCAGCACAUGGAGCUCCGGGCCGGCGGGCAGGUGUUGAGUCCCGGAACGGAACGGUCACUUUGGUCAGCUGCUCUGGGGGCGAUUUUGCCUGGAUCGUGAGGGUGGAGCCAGACAUGGCAGCAUAACUGCCUUCACUACUGAGAUCCAUCGAAGCCGGGCAGUAUUUCAACCACAUAGCAAUGCAAGCUGAUUCGUCUGAUCCAUUUUAGAACAUGUCUUGUUGAACCAAAGUAUAAGACCC